AUGCCGUCCUGUGUUAUGCGACACUGUAGAAACUACACAAGUAAGACUUCCAAAAGUCUAGGGAUCACAUAUCAUGCACAAAGGCGUGAGGAGGAUUGGCGGCCAAAUACUUCAAGUAGAAUAUGUUCGGUACAUUUUAACAUUGCUGAUAAAUACACAUCUAAAAAGGGAUUAACGUUAUUGAAAAAGACAGCAUUUCCUGUUUUGGAGGAACCAUCACAAUGUGUGUCUCGGAGUGCAGGAGCAAGUCCAAGCAUUGAUCAUGAAAAUAUAUCUGAUUUGGAGGCUUUUCUGGAAACACCUCGAAAAUGGCACUUAAAAAUGUAUUCGAAAAAAAAAUUAAUAAAAAAUAAUAAAAAUCUAUCUAAAAGGAAUAAAAGAUUAGAAAAAAAGGUUAGAAGUAUGAAAAAUAUUUUAAAACAUUUGAAAAAGAGGGAAUAUGUCUCCGACGAACAAUUUAACGAACUGAAUGUUAAGCCAGUAGUUUAUAAUAUCUUUACCAGAAUAGUCCGUCAAAAGAAAAGUAAGAAAGGCCUGCGACUAAAAUAUCCCCCAGCAAUGCGAAAAUUUGCUCUAACCCUGAAUUUCUACUCCCCGGCUGCAUAUAAAUACGUAAGACAAGUUUUCCAUACUGCUUUGCCACAUCCACGUGUGUUAAGCAAAUGGUAUGAAAAUAGUUCAGUGUUACCUGGCUUCACCUCUCAAGCAUUCGAUACUCUAAAAAAGAAAAGUGAACUUAGUGGUAAAAGAUUGCUGUGA